AUGGCGGAUCAGCUUCUUGCUUCGUGGCUCGAAAGAAAUGCUAAGUUCGCCGAGCACUGCGUGCCCCCUCCUCCACUCCUGAAGAUGCGAGAGAUGUGGCGGCAGCAAGGCGUCAAGGGAACAAUAGUCUUAUCUUGCAGCGAUCCAAGAGUCAUUCCCGAGCAAUUCUUGGGUAUGGGUCCCAGCGCUCCGGCGGCUGUUAUCCGAAACGCAGGUGGAAGAGCUAUGGAUGCGAUGCGAUCAAUCCAGGUGCUCAACACCAUCGCUCCAAUCGGACUGAUCGCCAUCGUUCAUCACACUGAUUGCGGCACGACUCAUGUCCUGGAUAACGAAGUGCGGGACAGACUCAAGCAAAUUUCUUCUCUUCCGGCUGAGGCCAUUGAUGCCAUGGAGUUUGGCGAGAUCACGAACCUACAAGACAGUCUCCGGCAAGACGUGGCGAUGAUCAAGACCGAUCCCACGUAUGGGGGAAACCCUCCGGCGGUGGUUGGGUUACUGUUGGAUAUUGAAACCGGGAAAUUGAGACAGGUGGCAUAA